CCGCAGUGGGCGCGGCGUGGGGAAACCCGGGGGCGGGUGCAGGACGUAGGAGAGUUCGGUGGACCUUGGGCCACAGCUUGUCCGCUCCCCUAACACUAACUCUAUUUCGAAGCACUCCUCCGCUGUCCAGGAACGCAGUCCUGGGCUCUGCUCUCCGCCCGCGGACCUCAGGGACAGGCCUGAGACACGCUAGCGCCCGGGUCACACAGCACCAGUCGGCCAGCCUUGUCCGGGAAACAUGGGGCGCGUCCAGAGGGGGGGCGCUCGCGGAUUGGCAGGCCCCACGGUGAUGGACGGAACGGGCAGCAUGUGACUGGCUCCUUGCCGUGAACAUCCUCGUCUGGACGCAUCCAGCACGGCCAUGUUCUCUGAGCAGGCUGCCCAGAGGGCCCACACUCUGCUCUCCCCGCCGUCAGCCAGCAAUGCCACCUUUGCCCGUGUCCCUGUGUCCACAUACACCAACUCCUCGCAGCCCUUCCGGCUGGGGGAGCGCAGCUUCAGCCGGCAGUAUGCCCACAUUUAUGCUACCCGCCUCGUCCAAAUGAGGCCCUUCCUGGUGAGCCGGGCCAAACAGCACUGGGGUGCUGGAGUCCAAAUAAAGAAGCUGUGUGAGCUACAGCUUGGGGAGAAGUGCUGUGUAGUGGGGACCCUAUUCAAGGCCAUGCCGCUCCAGCCAUCCAUCCUGCGGGAGAUCAGCGAAGAGCACAACCUGCUUCCCCAGCCCCCACGGAGCAAAUACAUCCACCCUGAUGACGAGCUGGUCUUAGAAGAUGAGCUGCAGCGCAUCAAACUGGAAGGCAGCAUUGAUGUGUCCAAGCUGGUCACAGGGACAGUCCUGGCCGUGCUUGGCUCCGUGAGAGACACCGGGAAGUUUUUGGUGGAGGACCACUGCUUUGCAGAGCUCGCUCCACAGGAGCCAGCACCCCUGCUUGACACAGACAGGUUUGUGCUGCUGGUGUCUGGCCUGGGCCUGGGUGGAGGUGGGGGUGAGAGCCUGCUGGGCACCCAGCUGCUGGUGGAUGUGGUGACCGGGCAGCUGGGCGACGAGGGGGAGCAGUGCAGUGCCGCGCAUGUGUCCCGGGUCAUCCUGGCGGGGAACCUCCUGAGCCACAACACCCAGAGCAGAGACUCCAUCAACAAGGCCAAAUACUUAACCAAGAAAACACAGGCAGCCAGUGUGGAGGCCGUCAAGAUGCUGGAUGAGAUCCUCCUGCAGCUGAGCGCCUCAGUACCUGUGGAUGUGAUGCCGGGCGAAUUUGACCCAACCAACUACACGCUCCCCCAGCAGCCCCUGCACCCGUGCAUGUUCCCGCUGGCCACUGCCUACUCCACCCUCCAGCUGGUCACCAACCCCUACCAGGCUACCAUUGACGGUGUCAGAUUUCUAGGGACAUCAGGACAGAAUGUGAGUGACAUUUUCCGGUACAGCAGCAUGGAGGACCACCUGGAGAUCCUGGAGUGGACCCUGCGUGUCCGUCACAUCAGCCCCACAGCCCCUGACACGCUAGGCUGCUACCCAUUCUACAAGACUGACCCGUUCAUCUUUCCCGAGUGUCCUCAUGUCUACUUUUGUGGGAAUGCACCCAGCUUUGGCUCUAAAAUCUUCCGAGGCCCAGAGGACCAGAGGGUGCUGCUGGUGGCUGUCCCGGACUUCAGCAGCACACAGACUGCCUGCCUCGUGAACCUGCGCAGCCUGGCCUGCCAGCCCAUCAGCUUCUCAGGCUUUGGGGCUGAGGAUGAGGACCUGGGGGGCUUGGGUCUGGGCCCCUGACCCAUGGCAACCCCGGUACCCAUUCCCCACAGCGUUGGCACCGCAGCAGCGUGUACUUUGUAAUAAAAGCCUGACCGUGUGCUGGC